AUGGAUUUGUCAAGUGUGUCGGCUCGGCCUCCUACUGUUGAUAGUAGUGGCAAGAACUACAACUUGUGGAAAACUAGGAUGAAAAUCUAUAUCAAAUCUAUUGAUGAACAUGCCUGGGUUGCUGUGUUGGAUGGAUGGACUCCAUCGCGUAUUACUGAUGAUAAUGGUGUUACAUCUCUCACACCCGAGAGUAGAUGGAACAAUGUGAAGGUUCAGCCAGUGUUAGAGCAAACAAAAAUGCGAAUGUUGACCACCAAAUUUGAGAUUUUGAGAAUGUGCGACAAUGAGACUAUUUUUGCAUACUAUGAAAAGCUGUGUGAAAUCUUAAAUGAAGCCGUUGCUCUUGGGGAACCUAUUAGCAAUGAAAGGCUAGUCAGUAAGAUGCUAAGAUCUCUCCCUGAAAGGUAUAACAUGAAAAUCUCUUCCAUUGAAGAAACUGCUGAUGUUGCUACCAUGCGAGUUGGUGAUCUGGUCAGCAAGUUGGUAACUUUUGAGAUGAAUCUUGAACAACAAAAAGCUGAUCAUUUGUCCAAAAGUGUAGCUUUUCGUGUUGAAAAGACCUCUGAAAAUUCUGAUGUUACUAACAUGUCUGAGUUUACAGAUGUUGAUCCCGAGGAGGAAGAUGAUGCUGACUUUGCCAUGUUGGUUAAAAAUUUUAACAACAUGUUGAAAUCUUUUAAGAAAGGAAAAUUCAAAAUUGGUUACAGGAAACCUUCUAGGAUGUCUAUUGGUUCUUCGUCCAACAUCACCAAUGUUAAGAAGAAUGUUGGAACAACAUCAGAGGUAAGAAGUGUUGAUCACAUUCAAUGCAGGGGCUGUCAAGGGAUGGGUCACUAUGCAAAUGAGUGUCCCACAGUUGCAAGGAAAAGACAUUCUGGUCUUAUUGCAACUCUGAGUGAUGACUCAGAUUCUGAGGAAGAAAAGGUUCUUCUUGUUGCUACGGUUGAUGAAGAGGAUAUACAGGAAGAAGACAUGAUUGGAGCCCUUGAAGACCUUGAUGAUGAAAUCAGUUUUCAUAAUUUUUCUGAAUCUGAAACUCUGAGUGUUGAUGACAAUGGUUCCAGCAUUGACAGUGAUGUUGAUCUGAUUGAUGAGUCUGAAAACAUGAAUGUUGAUAUUGAUGUUACUAACACUGAUGUGAACAUCUCUUCUGUAAAUGAUCAGUUUGAUUUGACUAUUGAUAAUAAUGUUUUUGACAUGGAUACUGAUGUUCAGGAGAUUGAUGGGAUGAAAAUCCCCAUUAACACAACUAAUUGGUAUGAAAUGACUAUUCUUGAUGAUUUCAAUUCUAGUGUAUCGGAUAUUUGUUGUGUUGCAGCUUUGGAAGAACAUGAGAGUGAUCCACUAAAAGAGAUGGAAUAUUUUAAGAAUCUCUAUGAGAUUGUUGAUUCUCAAUGUCGAGAGUUGAGAAAUGACAUUUGUAUGUUGGUUGAUGAAAAUCAGAAUCUCAAAGACCAAAUUACAAGGCUUGAAAGGCUGCUUUCUCAACGUGAUGUAGAACUAGGUAUGCUCAGAGGUAAAGUUUGUGACUCUGAAAAGGUGGUUAAACGUUUUAAUAAAGGCACCUCAUGUUUGAAUGAAGUCCUGUCUCAAGGUCAACGUAGUAACUUUGGUAUUGGUUUUUGUCCUGAGGAGCGAAGUAAGGAACAUCGUAAUACUACUGUUUUUGUUAAAGAAAGAAAUGUCAGUGUGAAUGUUGACAACAUUAAGGAUUCUCAUAAGAAAAUCAAAAAGAAAAAAUCCUAUAAGAAUGUUAGUAACACUGGCAGAUUUGACUUUAGCAGAUUGUUGGACGAGAGAGAAAAGAACGAAACCUGCAAUGUUGUUGUCUACACCUCUUUGAAUGCUAACAUUUUUGAAAAUUGGUACUUUGACAGUGGGUGUUCUAGACAUAUGACAGGAACAAAGACUCUACUCUCUGACUUCGUUCCAACAUCAGGAAGAAAAGUCACUUUUGGAGGAGGUACAAAAGGAACAAUUUUGGGGAAAGGAGUUCUCAAUGUUACUGAUUUCCCUAAAUUGAAAGAUGUGUAUCUUGUUGAAGGGCUUAAAGCUAACCUGAUUAGUAUUAGUCAGUUGUGUGAUGCAGGAAUGACUGUGAAGUUUGACAAACACCUUUGUGAAGUGUUUGAUGACACCAAUAGGUGUGUAAUGAUGGGAAAAAAGUCGUCUGACAACUGCUACAAGUCUCAAGAAGAAACCAUCUGCAAUGCUGCCAAACUUAACGAUGUUGAGUUAUGGCAUCAACGACUUGGACAUGUCAACUUCAAGAAUCUUCAAAAGUUGUUCACACAUGAUGUUGUUCGUGGCCUUCCUAAACUGAAUUUCAAGAAAGAUGUUGUUAAGCAAAGCAAGGACGACAUCUUCAUCAGCGAAAGUAAGUAUGACAAGAACCUUAUUGAAUGGUUUGAACUUGAGAAUGCAACGUAUAUGCGAACACCCAUGGGAACGACUCAAAAGAUGUUUAAAGACGAUGCUUGA